AUGGAUAGGAUAAGUCUGUUGCCUGAUGAGCUGCUCUUGAGAAUACUGUCGCUACUGCCUACUACGAAAGAUGUUGUGGCCACUAUGGUUUUGUCUCAACGAUGGCUGCCUCUUUGGAAGUUAAUGCCAAAACUUGUCUACGACGAUAGCUAUCAAAACAUUGAGUAUGGAAAGUUUUCUCGCUUUGUGGACAGGUCUUUGAUUCUGCACGAGGCACCAGUAGACACUUUGCAUUUCAAACUUGUUCAAAACUCUAGUGCUGCUGAUGUUGGUAUAUGGACUGCAAUUGCGGUUAAACGCUGCGUGCGUGAACUGAUAUCGAAUCUUCUCCCAGUACAACUCCAGUCACGCUUCCAAGGAGCUUGUACACAGGGUGUGCAGCCUUGUGACCUUGAAACUAAAGAGUGUGACUCUUGUGGAUGUUUCUUCCUUGCCUUCUUUCCCGACCCUAAAAGCAUUGGCCUUAUAUGUGUGAAGUACCCUGGUGAUGAAUUUGUCAAGAGGCUUUUAUCCAAUUGUCAUGUUCUUCAAUAUCUGAGGAGGUGUAUCCUACUGUCUUCCACAUCUUGUAGUUUUAAAGCUAUGCACAUGUCAGGCAGAGUGGUUGAAUCUACUUCUGUGUAUGCUCAGAGUGCCAUAAACCUCAUUCCGGCUGCCAAGCCACGUCCUUGUUGGAAAGAACCAAGUUCGGUCCCUGGGUGUUUUUCAUCGAGUCUUAAAACUCUGACAUGGGCAAACUAUGAAGGAAGAGAAGAAGAGAAACAAGUGGCAGCAUUCAUCUUAAGAAGUGCAAGUUUUUUAAAGAAGGCGACUAUCUCCUCCAAAGCAACCGACCCCAAGGAGAAACUAGAGAUGAUCAAGGAAUUGUCAUCCUCACCCAGGCGCUCACCUACAUGUCAGCUCAUAUUUGUCUGA